AUGAAUAAACUAAAAUUUUUUUUUAGUAGAUUAAAUAUUAAAAGAAAAAAUAAUGUAAAAAAUAUUUUUUUUGUACCAAGCAAAAGGGAAAAGUUUGUAACUCCCUACUUAUUUUUAUCGAUGUCAGGGCUUAUGUUUGGUUUAUCCUUUGCCUUUGUACCAUUGUAUCAAUUGUUUUGCCAAUCAACGGGUUAUGGAGGAACUACACAAAAGACGUUUGAUAUAAGUGAACUUUUUAAUAAAAAAGCAAAUAAAGAUAGGUUAAUUGAAGUAAAUUUUACAAGCCAAUCUAAUAUGCCUUGGGCAUUUAAACCAGAGCAAAAAAGUAUUAUUGUGAAGCCCGGGGAAACAGUAUUAGCAUUUUAUAGGGCUAAAAAUUUACUUGACAAACCCGUUAUUGGGAUAGCAUUAUAUCAUGUGUUACCAGAUGAAGCUGGUUUGUAUUUCAAUAAAAUUCAAUGUUUUUGUUUUGAAGAACAAAUGCUAAAUGCAAAUGAAGAAAUUGAUUUGCCAGUUUUAUUUUUUAUAGAUCCUGAGAUUUUAAAUGAUUCUCGAUUAAAAAACUUAGAAAAAAUUACCUUAUCAUAUAUUUUUUUUGAGUCAGAUUCUGAUAUACCAGAGGAAUAUCAACACCUUUCGAGGGCAAUUGCACCAAAGAAAAAAACAGAAAUACAAGUUAUUUGA